AUUAGAUUGAAUCCUCAAAUGGGUUCGGUUUUGAUGCCUCCUCCUAUUGUUGUAUUGUCUCUGUUGUUAUCACUGAGUUCAGUUAUUUUCAUUGUUCAUGGCGGAGUUCCAACCACUCUGGAUGGACCCUUUAAACCUGUGACCAUUCCUCUUGACCAGAGAUUCCGUGGAAAUGCAGUGGACCUGCCAGACACAGAUCCUCUGGUUCAAAGAACUGUUGAAGGGUUUGAACCCGAACAAAUCUCUGUCUCCCUCUCUGCAUCCCAUGAUUCUGUUUGGAUUUCUUGGAUUACAGGGGAGUUCCAAAUUGGGGACAAUAUAGAACCCUUGGAUCCUGGUACUGUUGCUAGCAUAGUUCAGUAUGGACGGUAUGGAAGGUCCAUGAGUCACCAAGCCAUGGGUUAUUCCCUUGUUUACAGUCAACUUUAUCCUUUUGAUGGCCUCCAGAACUACACUUCUGGAAUUAUACAUCAUGUUCGUCUCGAAGGGUUGAAACCUAGCACACUCUAUCAAUAUCAAUGUGGAGAUCCUUCUUUGUCAGCAAUGAGUGAUGUUCAUUAUUUCAGGACAAUGACAGUUUCAGGCCCCAAGAGUUACCCUAGUAGAAUAGCAGUGGUAGGAGACUUGGGUCUUACAUACAAUACCACAUCCACUGUUAAUCAUAUGACCAGUAAUCAUCCUGAUCUUAUUGUAUUGGUUGGAGAUGUUAGUUAUGCUAACCUAUAUCUUACAAAUGGCACUGGGUCAGACUGCUAUUCUUGCUCAUUUUCUAACACUCCCAUCCAUGAGACAUAUCAACCUCGUUGGGAUUAUUGGGGAAGGUACAUGCAGCCUCUGAUUUCUAGUGUCCCAAUAAUGAUAGUAGAAGGGAAUCAUGAGAUAGAAGAACAAGCAGAGAACAAGACAUUUGUUGCUUAUAGUUCUCGAUUUGCAUUCCCAUCAGAAGAGAGUGGAUCAUCAUCCACUUUCUAUUAUUCUUUCAAUGCUGGAGGAAUACAUUUUAUAAUGCUCGGGGCCUACAUAUCGUAUGACAAAUCAGGGGACCAGUACAAGUGGUUGGAGAGAGACUUGGCUUCUGUUGACAGAGAAGUAACUCCAUGGUUGGUAGCUACAUGGCAUCCACCUUGGUACAGCACUUACAAGGCACAUUAUAGAGAAGCAGAGUGUAUGAGGGUACAGAUGGAAGACUUACUAUAUAAAUAUGGUGUUGACAUUGUCUUCAAUGGACAUGUUCAUGCGUAUGAGAGAUCAAACCGAGUAUAUAACUACACAUUGGAUCCUUGUGGUCCCGUUUAUAUCACGGUUGGUGAUGGUGGUAACCGGGAAAAGAUGGCAAUAACACAUGCUGAUGAACCUGGAAACUGUCCAGAACCAUCAACUACACCGGAUAACUACACGGGUGGCUUCUGCGCCUUUAAUUUUACAUCUGGUCCAGCAGCAGGUAAAUUCUGUUGGGAUAGACAGCCUGAUUAUAGUGCUUUCAGAGAAAGUAGCUUCGGUCAUGGGAUUCUAGAGGUGAAAAAUGAAACCCAUGCCUUGUGGAUUUGGCAUCGCAAUCAAGACUUCUAUGGUAUCGCUGGAGAUGAGAUUUACAUUGUUAGGCAGCCUGAAAGGUGUCCAAUCUAGCCAGAGGAGAGAGCUCAAAAAUAAAAGAAACACUAAACAUAUUAAUGCUUUCAACAAAUGGAGCGCUGGAGUUAUUAUAUGGUCUAUGUCACCAUGUGCUGCCGAUUUGAGGUAUGCCAUAUGU